UAGAUUUAAGUACUUCUUGAAGUCCUCUUGCUCCAUUGAUGUUAACUUGCAAAGCCUGAGCAGCUCUUGCAACUUCAGCUUUUGGAUUGAGCGACUUGAUAGCAGCCAUGCCGUUCUCGAGCCAAUGAGCAUGCGCAAUUUGCGGCCAAGCCUAAUGGAUAAGAUCUUCGUCAGUGUGUUACUUGUUGCAAUUCAGCAGGUAGCUGGUACUGGAGAAGUGAUGUUUGCAGUUAACUGCGGUGGUGACGCUCACACGGAUGUAAAUGGUAUUCACUAUGAGAGAGACGCAGCGACUGUUGGAACGGCAAGUGAAUUUGGUCGCGGCAGUCCUAUCCGACGAAUAGCAGAAGCAGAUCAAAUACUCUACCAAACAGAACGCUAUCAUACCAAUACAUUUGCUUACUACGUACCUAUUGAGGAGAACGGCGACUACAUUCUUAUUCUCAAGUUCUCGGAAGUUUAUUUCACCAGCGGAAAUCAAAAAGUAUUUGAUGUGUUUUUGAAUGACAAACACUUGGUUGUCUCAAAUCUGGACAUUUUCAACAAAGUCGGACGAGGAGUAGCACACGACGAGUACAUACCAUUUUCAAUAAAUGAUGGCAUGCUGCAUGUCAACGGACAGACAUCACCUCUCUCACUAGAUGGAAAAUUCAGUAUCAAUUUUGCGAAGGGCAUCAGCGAUAAUCCUAAGAUCAAUGCUAUUGCAGUGUUACGUGGCGAUCUAAAUGAUGUUCCUCGAUUACGUGAGUGGCCUGAUCCAGAUGUAAGUCUAGAACAAGACGCACAACCUCCAGAAGCAGCAACAGAGAAGACUAAGUUCAAGAAGACGUCGGGUCCGAAAGCUGCUAAUCCGUAUGAUGAAGAUGAGAGCUGGCUUUUACCUAUCUUUAUAGCGAUUGGCGUGUUUAUUCCAACUGUCAUAUGUUUAUGCCGUGUAUAGUGAACAAUAAAGAUAGGGAACGACAGAAAUUUCAAAAUUUAUGUUCUCUAUGAUUAUACUUUGUGAGUUAGUAACUAGUCUCUUAGAUAGUACAUGUAAGAGUUUUAGUAUAAGCUGUAUCAGCAUGUUUGAUUAGCCAAAAUUAAGUG